AUGGCGGAAGCGAACGGCGCCUCGCCUCGUGCCGAGGACUGGAAGGCGCAGGAUGCAGCCGACGAGCGCGAGAUCGCGAAGCUGCUGGGACAGAGCCAGGAGGGCGGCGCCGACGGACUCGCCCUCGACGACACGCCCUUUGACCAGUCGGGCAAGGCGGACGAUGCGCAAGACUUUGAGGACAUCAGCGACGACGACCUGCCCGACGAAGAGCCCAGCGGGGGCACGUCCUUUGAGUUGCCAGGCCUGACGGACGACGGCGGCACUAGCAACGAUGCCGACGACCUGUUCGGUGAAGGGCCAUCCUCCCCUGAUCCGGUGCUCGGUCCGUCGUCGCCCGCGCCGCAGGUUCGAGACGACACUGACGAGGCUCACCCGACCGACGAUGGGUUCAUCAACUUUGACCCCGACCCGCACCUGAACGGGUCCGCGAACCAAGAUCCGGAUAUCCCCGCGGCAGCCGAGUCUGCGCAGGACAUCCUCAAGGCGGCAUGGCCGGCGUACAAAAAGGGACACAUUUUGGUCUGGAGCGAUCUGCUGCCGCCCAAGCGCGCCGUGUGGAAGGAAAAGAAGCCGGCCAAGAAGCCCAAGCACCUGGUGACCAGCAAGCAGUCGCUCGAAAUGUUCGGCGACCAAGAGAAGCAGUUUCGCAUCCCGGGCGCCGCGUCCGGCAAGCCGCGUCCGCACGACGCCCAGGUCGCCGGCGUCGUGCUCUGCGACAAAGAAAACGCCACCAGCGAGACGGUGGCGCAGUUCGACAUCGACCAGGACUCGGACGCCGAGCCGAUCCACGGGUUCACGCUGCGAGACAUUGAAAUGGCCUGCGAGGACUGGAACGCCCGCAUCGUCGACAUCGAGGCCGAUUUCCGGUCGCGGCAGGCCGCCGAGAAGGAGCUUCAAUCGCGCAAGAGGCAGGCAGAGCAGGACGACGAGUGGGACGCCGAGUUUCUCAUGGAUGCGGACGAGCCGCGGCCGAAGAGGCGGCGCAGUGUUGAGCCGGGGCUGCCGGACAUUCCCCGCUACACGGCACCGUCGUUUGACGACUUCGAGGACGCUACCCAGCGCGGGUCGAAGCGCGUGUACCUCGAUAUGUCGGAUCCAUACCUCCUCCUCGAGACGGACCUACAGCACCCGUCCAAGCGCGCGCGCCUCGACGCGUCCAAGAUGCGCGCAAAGGGGCGCAGGGACCUGUCUUCACGCUUCAACCUGUCCAACGACGACGCGUACGAGCUGCUCAAGGAGAACCACCAGAGCAAGGUGCGCGCGACGCUGGGCAACAUCUCGGUCGACCACAGCAUGCCCGCCAUCAAGCUCACCUGGCCCUACUACAAGGUCAAGCUGGCCGGCACGACCGACGAGUACCACCGCCCGCGCUUCCGCUACAAGAAGUUUGCGGGCCACGCCAUCAAGUUCGACAAGCCGCAGCAUUUCAAGCGCAAGCAGAUGAAGGGCAAGGCGCACGAGGUGUUUGUGCAGUCCAAGGACCUCAGCAUGGGCGACAACUCGACGGCCGUGCUGUUCGAGUACUGCGAGCCGCGGCCGCGCGUGCUCAACAACUUUGGCAUGGGCAGCAAGCUCAUCAACUACUACCGCCGCAAGGACAGCGCCAACGAGGAAGACCAGCUCCCUAAGCGCGAGCUGGGCGAGUACCGCAUGCUUCUGCCCGAGGACCGCUCGCCGUUUGCGCUGUUCGGCACCGUCGACGCGGGCGAGACGGUCCCGACGCUGCACAACGAAAUGUACCGGGCGCCAGUCUUUAGGCACACGCCGCGGAACUCGGACUUCCUCGUGGUCCGCAGCACGACGGGCGUCGAGGGCUCGAGGUGGUACCUGCGCCGGGUCGAUCACCUGCACGUCGUCGGCCAGCAGUUCCCCUCGGUCGAGGUCCCCGGCCCGCACAGCCGCAAGGUGACGACGGCGUCCAAGAACAGAAUGAAGAUGUUGGCGUUCCGCAUGAUUCGCCAUAGUAAGACGGACAACUGCCAGCUCUCCGACAUCACCAAGCACAUUGCCGACUCGACCGACACGCAGAACCGGCAGAAGCUCAAAGAAUUCCUCCAGUACGACAGGGAGAGCGGCGAAAAGGGCAUGUGGCGGCUGCGGCCUGGCGAAGUGGUGCCCGACGAGGCGGGGACACGUGCCAUGAUCAAGCCUGAAGAGGUCAGCCUGCUCGACUCGAUGCAGCUCGGCAUCAAGGAGCUCGAGGACGCCGGCUACGACCCCCGAAACGCACAGAUUGACGAAGACGGGCAGGCUGACGCGGAAGGCGAGGACGGCGAGGCGGCGGAUGGCGUCGACGACGAAGCCAGCAAAAUCACCAAGACGACGGCGACCAAGAAGCCGCAGGAGAAGCAGGAAGAGACGCUCGCCGACAAGAUGGCACCGUGGAAGACGACCAAGGCCUUUAUCGACGCCUGCCAGGGCAAGGCCAUGCUGCAGCUGCACGGAGAAGGCGACCCGACGGGUCACGGACUGGGGUUCAGUUUCAUCCGGACGUCCAUGAAGGGCGGAUACAUUGAGGCUGUCCAGGGCCCGCUGGCCACUUCGGCUGACGCCAUGGAGCGUGAGAAGCGCGCUAAUGGCGGGCACGCUUACAACGUCAAGAAGCAGCAGGCCAUGUACGAAGGGGGGAUCCGGGACAUUUGGCAGAAGCAGAAGUCGACGCUCUCCGACACCCAGCAGCACGACGACGGCGACGUGCAGGUCAACGAGGACGAGGACGACCGGUUCAACGUCAACGCCGCAGCCACGCCAGCACACUUUGACGAGGGCGUGAGCCAGAUUAGCGGACUGACGACGUCGACCAACCGCCACGGCAAGCGCGCGAUCCGCAUAUCGCGAGAGGUUCGGAUGGCCGACGGCACGACGCAGACGCGCAUCGAAGUCGUCCACGACCCUGUCGUGAUUUCGCAGUACAUGAAGCGGCGCACAGAGGCCGACCUGGAACUGCGCGACAUCUACAGCGCACGGCCUACGGGCAAUGCCGACCAUGACCGCCUUGCAAACCUUAGAAUCAAAAAGGAACUCGAGCGGCUCGAAAAGAACAAGGCCAGACGACAGGCCCGAGAGCAACAAAAGGAACUGCACCAGAAAGCAAGCGCCGGGGACGCUGGGUCUCCUGGGCCCGGAGCCGAGAAGAUUCCUACAGGGACUACUCGAAAGUUCCCAGAACCCCCUCUGCCUUUCGAUUGGUGGCGUGCACUUGAGCCGGACGAAAAGGAAAAGGGAAAAGGAAAGGGCAAGACGGGCCGACGCAAGAAGGAGAAUGCGUUUCGGCAAAUGCUCCGUCGUGCCGACGAGCAACGCGCUGCCGAUGAAAAGGCCAGGCUCGCUCACGCAAAGCAGGUGGCCCUGGAGGCGGAGAGGGCUGCAAAGGCGGCCGCCAAGGCGCAGGCCGAGCGCGAGCGUCUCGAGCGAGACCGCCAGCUCCAGGAGCAGCGCGAGGCGAAGGAGCGGGAGCGCGUGGAGCAGAGGCGCAAGGCGCAGGAAGAACAGGAGCGCAAGCGGCAGCAAGCGCUGCGCGACAGGGCAGAGCGAGCUCGCAAGCGCCAGCAGGAGGAAGAGGAGAAGCAGCGCAAGCGCGCCGAAAAGGAGGCCGCCAGGCCCAAGUUAUGUCCUCUGCUUAACGGCACGAUGAAGGCGGACAACGGGGCGGCGGAGCACGGUGGCUUUGGUAACUACAACGCGCCGACGGGCUCUGCAGGGUCGCCGAUUUGA